UAUCACUGCAGGAGGCAGUGUCUUGCCAGAGGAGGGGGAGGGAGCAGACUUAUUCUCAGAGGACAUGGUGGUGGUCUCCCCCCUGGUGGUCCCGGGAAUGGGGGAGACGAAGAUCCCCGUCCCAGAGAGGGAGAUCUGGACCCGGCAAAUGGACUUCAUCAUGUCCUGUGUGGGCUUCGCUGUGGGGCUGGGCAAUGUCUGGAGGUUCCCCUACCUCUGCUACAAGAAUGGAGGCGGUGUGUUCCUGAUCCCGUACCUGCUGAUCGUAUUUGUCAGGGGGAUACCAGUGUUCUUCCUGGAGGUGGCGCUCGGACAGUUCAUGAAGCAGGGAGGAGUCUCCGCCUGGAACAUCGCCCCGCUCUUCAAAGGAGGCAGUGUCUUGCCAGAGGAGGGGGAGGGAGCAGACUUAUUCUCGGAGGACAUGGCGGUGGUCUCCCCCCUGGUGGUCCCGGGAAUGGGGGAGACGAAGAUCCCCGUCCCAGAGAGGGAGACCUGGACCCGGCAAAUGGACUUCAUCAUGUCCUGUGUGGGCUUCGCUGUGGGGCUGGGCAAUGUCUGGAGGUUCCCCUACCUCUGCUACAAGAAUGGAGGCGGUGUGUUCCUGAUCCCGUACCUGCUGAUCGUAUUUGUCGGGGGGAUACCAGUGUUCUUCCUGGAGGUGGCGCUCGGACAGUUCAUGAAGCAGGGAGGAGUCUCCGCCUGGAACAUCGCCCCGCUCUUCAAAGGUCUAGGCGUCUCCUCUAUGGUCAUUGUGUUCUUCUGCAACACUUAUUACAUCAUGGUCCUGGUGUGGGGGCUGUACUACCUGCUGCACUCCUUCACUGACCCUCUGCCCUGGGCCACCUGCGGAAACACCUGGAACACUGCAAACUGCACCCAAGUCUUCCGUGGCGACGGCUGCUACAACAGCUCUACCAGCAGCAAUGCAUCAGCCUUCAACAGCAGCUGUGAGGAGCUGGUGGGCCAGCGCUCCCCCAUCAUAGAGUUCUGGGAGAACAAAGUUCUGCGUAUCUCUGGAGGUUUGGAUGAGCCAGGAAAUAUCAACUGGGAGAUGACCCUCUGUCUUCUUGCCACCUGGAUCACUGUCUACUUCUGUGUCUGGAAAGGGGUGAAGUCCUCAGGGAAGGUGGUGUACUUCACAGCUCUAUUUCCUUACCUGGUGCUUGCUGUUCUCCUGGCCCAUGGUGUGACUCUGCCAGGGGCUCUUGAUGGCAUUAUUUACUACCUGAAGCCUGACUGGUCCAAGUUGGGUGAAGCACAGGUUUGGAUUGAUGCUGGAACUCAGAUCUUCUUCUCUUAUGCGAUUGGUUUGGGGGCUCUGACUGCCUUGGGCAGCUACAACCGCUUCCACAACAACUGCUACCAGGAUGCCUAUGUCCUGGCCGUUAUUAACAGUGGGACCAGUUUCUUUGCUGGCUUCGUGGUCUUCUCUGUGCUGGGCUUCAUGGCAUCUGAGCAGGGGGUCGAUAUCUCCAGGGUGGCUGAAUCCGGUCCUGGGCUGGUGUUCAUUGCGUACCCCAAGGCUGUGACUCUGAUGCCUCUCGCUCCUUUCUGGGCCACUCUCUUCUUCUUCAUGCUGCUCAUCCUGGGGCUCGACAGCCAGUUUGUGGGAGUGGAGGGCUUCAUUACUGGGAUUAUGGACAUGAUCCCCAAUUCUGUGUCUGGCUCUGUGCGCAGAGAGGCCGUUGUGGCGAUCUGCUGCUUCAUCUGCUUCAUUAUUGACCUCUCCAUGGUGAACGAGGGCGGGAUAUUCGUGUUCCAGCUCUUCGAUUAUUACUCAGCCAGUGGAAUUACUUUGCUUUGGCAGGCCUUCUGGGAGUGUGUGGUGGUGGCCUGGGUCUAUGGGGCUGAUCGCUUCAUGGAUGAUAUUGCCAGGAUGAUUGGAUACCAGCCCAUGACCUUGGUGAAGUGGUGCUGGGCGUUCAUCACCCCCUGCAUCUGCAUGGGGAUCUUCCUGUUCCAAGUGGUGAACUACAGACCGGUGAGCUACAACUCCAGCUACGUUUACCCCUGGUGGGGGGAGGCUGUGGGCUGGUGCCUGGCACUGUCCUCCAUGCUGUGCAUCCCUGUCACCGUGCUCUUCAAAAUGCUGAGCUGCAAGGGCUCACUGCUGGAGCGCUGGCAGCACCUCAUCACCCCAGUGUGGGGACAUCAUCACUUGGAGUACCUUGCACACGAGUCUGAGGCCAAGCUGCUGCCUCCAUCGGGCCUGGAGAAAUCCACCCUGCUCUUUGAGACAGUCAUCUAGGGGCGGCACCCUGCUUCAUCACAGCAGCCUGUGUGUGUGUGUGUGUGUGUGUGUGUGUGUGUGUGUGUGUGUGUGUGUGUGUGUCUGGGUGGGUGGGUGUCCCAUCAAAACGCACACAGAGACACACACAUACAAACACACACAUACAGAUAUGAUACCUAGCCCCUAACCUCAAGUGGGAAAAAUCUCCUCACCUGACUGAAGUUGUUUGAAUACCAACAUCUCUCCCUCCCCUGUUCUCUUCCACUCCCCCCUCUCUCUCCCUCCCUAUGAGGCCUUGAUAAUAGAGCGUACUGUGCAGUGAGUCUGGAGCCCCUGAUAAUAGAGCGUACUGUGCAGUGAGUCUGGAGCCCCUGAUAAUAGAGCUUGCUGUGCAGUGAGUCUGGAGCCCCUGAUAAUAGAGCUUGCUGUGCAGUGAGUCUGGAGCCCCUGAUAAUAGAGCGUACUGUGCAGUGAGUCUGGAGCCCCUGAUAAUAGAGCGUACUGUGCAGUGAGUCUGGAGCCCCUGAUAAUAGAGCGUACUGUGCAGUGAGUCUGGAGCCCCUGAUAAUAGAGCUUGCUGUGCAGUGAGUCUGGAGCCCCUGAUAAUAGAGCUUGCUGUGCAGUGAGUCUGGAGCCCCUGAUAAUAGAG